AUGAGCGGAUGUCGCCGUAUAGGUCCCCUUAUUCCAACUGGUUUUAUGAUAUGGAGUUCACCAAAUGUUGUACUAAAUGUAGCUGGUGAAGAUGCACAUAUUAGUGUGUGUUGUCUUAUGAAGCCAGGACUGUUUACCACCAUUUGUUAUGUUUUGGAGAAACAUAAAGUUGACAUUGUGUCUGCUCGAAUUUCAUCUGAUCAAUUCAAAAGCAUGUUCAUGAUCCAAGCUCAUGCUACAGUAUUACAUAACCUGAAAAGAAAAAAAAUGAAUGAAGACGGCGAGAAUAAUCAUGAUCAUUUGUGUGAUGAUAUCUGGUCAUACCUAGACUGGAAUGACCAUCAAGUUGAGAGUGGAGAGACCGAGGGUCACAAGUUGCUAGAUCCGACUGGGUCUGAUACUUGCCAGCCAUUCACAGCUAUUAAUGAGGUGGUUGAAGUGAGUGUUAAUGUUCCCAAAAAGAGAAGUUCAGCCAAUCGAAAAAAAAAUGGUAAGGAAAUUGCUGAACCAAAUUCUGGUGUUGAUGGAGCCGAAGUUAGAAGAGCAUCAAAACAUGAGGUACGCAAAUGGACAGAGAGAGAAAGGAGAAAGAAGAUGCGAACCCAGUUCGAGACUCUUCAUGCUUUGGUUCCCAACCUCCCUGCUAAGGCUGAUAUGUCUAAAAUAGUUUAUGAAGCUGUGAACCGUAUCCGAAAGCUGAAGAAUACUUUCAAAAAACUUGAAAGUCAAAAGCUAAAAAGGCUAGAAGAAUAUAACAUAAGGUUGACGGGUUCACAAAAAGUUGAUAAUAGCUGGGAGAAGUAUGUGGGUGAUCAAGGAUCAACCUGCAAUUCUAUAGCUAUUACACCGACUAAUCAUGGUGCUAGUCUCCUUAUUCCAACAGGUUUUAUGACAUGGAGUUCACCAAAUGUGAUACUAAAUGUAUCUGGUGAAGAUGCACAUAUUAGUGUGUGUUGUCCUAAGAAGCCAAGGCUAUUUACCACCAUUUGUUAUGUUUUGGAGAAACAUAAGAUUGAUAUUGUGUCUGCUCAAAUUUCAUCUGAUCAAUUCAGAAGCAUGUUCAUGAUCCAAGCUCACGCUAAAGAUGGAAGUGGGGUUGCUCAAUUCUCUGAAGCAUUCACCGUGGAAGACAUGUACAAGCAAGCUGCAAAUGAGAUAAUGUUGAUGACAACCCCCAAAUGA